AUGGCGGACGACCAGUCCCUGGCCUACAAGGAACUUGCGCGCCUGCGUUGGCUGUGUGAGAAAGCGUGCUGCCGCAGCUGCUCUGGCUGUUCUUUCACGCCUGUGCAUGCGAACCCUACACGGGGCGCCGGCUUGUUCCGCAGGUGCAAAGGCUGCAGUCAGUUCCAGAGCGUUCUGGUGGGUACCUGCUUUGAGGGCCUGCGGAUUGACAUAGGGGAGCUCUAUCGCUUGGCACUCGAGUACGUGAAGCAGCCGUUGACUCAGUCUCCGAACGUGUUGGCGCUCCAGCGGGCCUGUGGUGGCAGCCGCACCCAGACAGAGCACUUUGUUUCCUGCGUUUUGGCUGCGGAAGUCGCAGAAGGCAGACGACGCAAUGCCAGGAUGUCCUGCAGGGGUGCUCUGGAAGGGGAUGCACACAGACUCCGUAAGCUUUUUGUGAGCGAGAGAAACCCGCACUUUCAGGACCUCAUUUUUCAGGCUCGCAGAAACAGGGUCAACUCUGGAAAGCAGACGCCCGUGCAAGCUGUGUGGGCAGUCCAUGUUCGCAUUGCCGGCUUGGUGCACCGCGGCGGCAAGAUCGCCAUUGCCGAGCUUCCGCUGAAGGCCGUCGCAAAGAAGGCUCCUCCGCCUGUGGAGAGCUGCUUGACUUUGUUGUUAGUUGUCCUCGUUUUCUUUUUGUUUGUAUCGCACUUAGUCCGAAACGAAACCUGA